UCCGUAUUUCUAUCUAUCUAUCUCUUUCUCUUUCUAUCUCGUUAUCUUGUACUCUUUCUUGUCAUCUAUUGCGCGCACGCGUUCUCUAACUUCGUCAAGGGGGAAACAAAAAAAGCGCGCGAGAAUCGAAAUAUUGAGGAAUAUUAAUAUCGAUUUUGUUUGACGAUUUUGAGAAUAGUUGCGUGCGUGAAAUUAGAGAAUAUCGUAAUAUUUCUCUCUUUUUACUCUCCUCUUUCUCUCUCUCUCUCGCUUUCUUUCUCUUUCUCUAUCCCUCAAAUUUUCUCUAUCGAGAUAGACAAAGUUAUAGAAACGGUCAAUAUCUCGAGAUUAGGAAAAACGAGGUUCGAUACGUCACCGAAAUCUAAUUUACGAUAUUUAAUUUAUCGAAUUUUAUUACUUACGAAGACAUUAUUUUUACGAUCAUUGGAAGAUUCUUUUGCGAGUACGGCUCACUCGAUUUUCUUACGACGAGGAAGAUCGACGAGAAAAAGAAGACGAAGGAACGGUGGACUUGGCUGAUUCUUUCUCAAAGGAAAGAUAUUACAACUUUUAAAACGUAGCCGAAACGUAAAAUGGUGGCUUCGCAGAAUGACGGGGGAAGAAGUGUGGGCGGCGGGGGUGAAAGCGAAACCGUUUACACGGUGACGGUGAGUGGUGUGGGUUACAGAAACGAAGGAUACAAGGACGAUGGUAACGACUGUAUACCACCGGAACCACAAAAACCACCGCAGUUACCACCACCGGAAGAUGAUACGCAAUCAAGGAAAUUUAAAUUAUCCCGGGGUGAGAAGUGGCGGAUUUUGAAGAACAUUGGUACAGUCUCGGUAGCGUUUAUGGUGCAGUUUACUGCGUUCCAAGGGACAGCUAACCUUCAAUCGUCGAUAAAUGCGAGCGAUGGUCUCGGAACUGUUUCCCUUUCGGCGAUUUACGCAGCCCUCGUGUUAUCUUGCAUUUUCGUACCGACUUUUCUCAUCAAGAGGUUAACCGUUAAAUGGACGCUUUGCUUGUCGAUGCUUUGUUACGCGCCUUACAUCGGUUCACAAUUUUAUCCAAGAUUCUACACCCUAGUGCCGGCUGGGGUUUUACUCGGUCUCGGUGCUGCACCAAUGUGGGCAGCAAAAGCAACCUACUUGACACAAGUUGGUGGUGUUUAUGCAAAACUCACAGAUCAACCGGUCGAUGCGAUAGUCGUCAGAUUUUUUGGAUUUUUCUUCCUUGCAUGGCAAACCGCUGAAUUAUGGGGAAAUCUCAUAUCUUCGCUCGUACUGAGCGAGGGAGAAUUUGGUAGCAGUGGUGGCAAUAGUACAACCAGUUGGAAUAAGAUCAAACUAUGUGGGGCCGAAUUUUGCGUAUUUGGUAAUGGAGCACAUGAUAAUUUGGACAGACCACCGGAAUCAGAGAUUUAUGAAAUCUCAUCAAUCUAUUUGACUUGCGUCAUCGUUGCGGUAAUAAUCGUCGCUCUUUUCGUCGAUCCUUUAUCAAGAUACGGGGAGAAGCAACGACGUGCCGAUAGUCAGGAACUCAGUGGUAUUCAAUUACUUUCGGCGACCGCUUAUCAACUAAAGAAACCUUAUCAACAGUUACUUAUACCUAUCACGGUAUGGAUCGGCAUGGAGCAGGCCUUCAUCGGUGCCGAUUUUACUCAGGCAUACAUCUCUUGCGCUCUGGGCGUUCACAAAGUGGGAUACGUGAUGAUAUGUUUUGGAGUGGUAAACGCAGGUUGUUCCUUGUUAUUUGGUUCUCUCAUGAAAUUCGUAGGAAGACAGCCAUUGAUGGCACUUGGUGCCAUCGUUCACGCCUGUCUAAUAGUUGUGUUGCUUCUUUGGAAACCACACCCGGAUAAUCCUUACAUUUUUUAUUCGGUCUCCGGCCUUUGGGGAGUCGGCGAUGCUGUCUGGCAAACUCAAGUCAACGGUCUAUACGGUACUCUCUUCAGGCGCAACAAGGAGGCCGCCUUUUCGAAUUACAGGCUGUGGGAGAGCGCAGGAUUCGUGAUCGCAUACGCUUAUAGUACGCAUUUAUGCGCCCGCAUGAAGCUUUACGUAUUAUUGACCGUUUUGAUGAUCGGAACAAUGGGAUACAUAAUCGUCGAACUUCUGCACAGGCGUAAGCAAAGAAGGUUGAAGGCUAUUGCUGAGGAUCCAAAAGCUGCGCAAGCAGAAGCCAAUCAACCGGAAGAGACAGAUGAUGAGAAAGACGAUCUAGAUGACGACAUAAUCAUCACGCAUCUUUGAACAAUCGACAAAUCGAUUCGCUGAGCUUCGAUGACGCGAAGGAAAGGGGAAAAAAAAAGGUGGGGGGAGAGGGCGGCAGGUUUUUUAGCCUUUUAUCGCGUUCUCAACGGGGCUGAGGACAAUAGAUUAUUUCGAACAAUUAGUGGACGAUCUCGAGUGAUUUCGAGUAAACCACUUUUCUCCUUCUUUCCUUUUUUUCUUUUCUUCCUAUUCUCCUUUUUUUCUUUUUAUUCAUUUUAAAUUAAAUUUAAUCUUCUUUCUUCUUCUUCUUCUUCUUCUUCUUAUUCUUAUUCUUCUUAUCUCAAUUUCAAAUACCAAUCCUUUCUUCUCUCAUCUUUUUGCGAUGAAAUCCGAGAAAAGGUAUAUACGCAUGGAAAGGAAAA